AGGGUGGGUCAGUUCAGCCCAUGACGCGUUACGACCACCCAUCUCCCUCUCCCUUCACUUGUCAUUGCUAAAUCGUUAUUGACUGGGUUGCAAAUAGAAAGGGGAACCUAUAAAGUACGUGGCAUGUUUACAAUCCGUUAAUUGCACAUUGCUGAUAUGUACUACUUCGUAUUUGGAUCAUCUCCUGGGGCAACGCUCAGUCUCAGUCUGUUCUACGGAGACCUCCUGGGCUGUUUCGUUGACUAGCCUUGUCAUAGAUCUGAUUUGCGAGCAUUACUGCAUCUUAUAUUCAGAACCACUUCGUCAUUCCAGAACGAGACGAGGAAAAUAACGCUGUUCAGCCUCCAAAAAUUAUCACGGAGGCAUUGCUUCAACGUCGCCCUGUCUUGGCCCUGACACCGCUGCACCCUUGUUCCGUUGUUGCGGCUCCGUGACGCGGUGGGGCAACCAACUGUUGAUGCAAGAUGCCUUUGAUUGAACCUUAUAACCGAUGUGUAUUUAACUGAGAUACGUCUUUGACGUGUCAUUCGCCUUUCUCCUCUCUUCCCCCCCUACCCCGCCGGCCGGGAUUGAAAAAAUCUUGAAGAAUGUCCAAUUUGAACGAUGGAGAUGUAUCGAACUUACUAUCCGCUGCUCUUGCUGGAAUUGCCGGUAGUAUUUCAUACGAGAAUUAUGAACGAGUGGGCGUGAUUCUUCUUUCUACCGCUGCACUCUUGUCCAUUACGGCUAUCAUUUUCAUGACCAUUGCUGGCCCGGUGUCUACCCGUAUGAGCUAUAAAACACACAUAUUCGAAUACGUUGCAUGUCUUUUGGUUGCCAAUUUGAUCCAAUCCGUUGGUACUGCUAUGAACUUGAGAUGGGUGGUGAACAACGGGGUGUCAAACGGGUCUUUCUGUACCGCACAAGGUGCAAUCAAACAAGGAGGAAACUUAGCCACGGCUACAUGGUCCUUCCUAGUCUCGGUUCAUCUCUUCAACAUCUUGUUCUUGCGCACUGCAGUUACCAAGGUCGGGCUCUGGUGUACCAUCAUUGGAGGAUGGCUUCUCGUAACUGUUGUGGUGUUGAUCGGACCUGUAGCGAUUCAGAAACGCGAAAAAGGUCCUUAUUUUGGAAUUUCGGGAACCUGGUGUUGGAUCACGAGCGGGUAUCCCUCCGAGCGAGUAUUCCUCGAGUACUUCCUGGAAUUCUUCUCAGCUUGUCUUUCAUUCAUCCUUUACUGCAUCAUCCUCCUCAGGGUUCGCGGAAACCUCGUACACAACAUGGGCGAAUGGCGCCUAAAGUUCAUCUCUAAAGACGCCAGUUGGAGACUUGGUUUCGCACGAGACUUGAUCGAUUCGUCAAUGUUGAAGUGUGCGCAGAGAAUAGUCUGGUUGCCGGUUGCCUAUACCUUUUGCCUUCUACCAAUCACUAUUACUCGCCUUACCGAGUUCUCCGGACACCAAGUCCCGUUCGGUGCUACCGUAUUCGCGGAUAUGGUAUUUAGCCUCACAGGAUUUGUUAACGUCAUGCUCAUCAUCAUCACAAAACGAGUUUUCCCUGACCUCGAGACGCUCCCCGAAUUCAGUACACCACGGAACAAGCUACUCGACGUCGUGUUCGGUAAAUCGGGCGUUACUCCGUUCACUCUUGAACGAAGCGACACGGCAGAUACCUUUCGUCGGCAGCGCGAGGAAAGGUUGAAUGCUGUGAGGGCUGCCAGUCCUCAACAAUUGCCUUCUUUACAGAGAUCAAACAGUUCAGAUAGUGCGAUGACACAGGCAUCAACGGCUAAUUUGAUCAUCAAGUAA